GAGUGGAGAAUAUAGAAAAGCAAGGAUGGAAGAAGAACAGGUAGAAUUGGUGGGGAAAGCAUUUGUGGAUCACUACUACCAUCUGUUUGAUACCAACCGUGUAUCUCUCUAUACCCUCUACAGACCCAAUUCUAUGCUUUCCUUUGAAGGUCAGAAGAUACAAGGAGUUGAAGAGAUAGUUCUUAAGCUCACCCAAUUGCCCUUUGAUCAUUGCAAACACACCAUCUCCACCAUUGAUUCUCAACCAUCUCCUUGCACUGGAGGCAUCAUUGUCUUUGUUAGUGGUAAUCUUCAAUUGCAAGGAGAGGAACACCACCUAAGGUUCAGCCAGAUGUUUCAUUUGGUUCAAGAAGGGAGCUAUUUUGUGCAGAAUGACAUUUUUCGGCUCAAUUAUGGUUGAACUUUAGAUAAUUAGCAAUGAAUUAUAACUUAUUAAAAUCUAUUAAUGUUGUUUUAAUUCCGUAAUAGUCAUUAAUGUGUGGAAGUAAACUUGAAAGUGGAGGGAUGGCACAAGUGGGCAACCUGGUUUGUUUGAUCACCAAAACUCAGAUUGGAUCAUUCAUAUGAUAUAAUCUUCUUGUUUUGUUCUUUUCUCAUCGUCUUUGAAGCUUUAAUGGAUUCUGGUUCUUCAUCA